AUGGACAUUUCGGCGCGCCAGAAAAUGCUGUCAGCCAUCUCGGGCAGCUUGUUGACUUCUUUACUCGUGACACCUCUCGAUGUGGUGCGCGUUCGACUGCAGUCACAAGGCGCACCUCAAGUAUACACGGCAGAUCUUUCAAAACUUGUCGCAUCGACGCCGAAUGCAUUUCGACCAUCGAGUCUUGGAGUUACCGCCUGCUGUCGCGAAGUUUUCUUCAUGAACAAUAACGCUGAAGCCUGUGUUGUUGGGCCACGAAUAGAAGGUUUAGGCGGAUCAGCUGCGCCUGGCGACUGCGCCAUAGAACAGACCCAGAAAAAAGCUUUCAACUCGACACUCGACGGAAUGCGGAAAAUUGCCCGCAACGAAGGACUCACAACACUGUGGCGAGGCCUUUCUCCGACACUCGUCAUGGCCGUGCCAGCCAACAUCAUUUACUUCACGGGCUACGACUGGCUGCGGUUCAACAAAUCAAGCCCCAUAAAUAAAGUGUCUUCGGACGGCUAUGCACCACUUAUUGCUGGAGCCGCAGCCCGAGUUGUUGCUGCGGGGGCCGUGGGCCCCAUCGAGCUGUUCCGAACUCGGCUUCAGGCAUCCUCGGGCGAUUCGACGACAAAUCAUCUCGCAAACACCUUCAAGGGCAUUAAAGAAAUGGUUGUCGCCAAUGGGUACAGGUCUCUGUGGCGUGGCCUCACCCUCACUUUGUGGCGGGACGUACCAUUUUCCGGCAUGUACUGGUGGGGGUACGAAACAAUCCGGGGCAAACUCACCGAUAUUCGAGCAGAGCGUCGGGGUCGGCCCUUGGUGCGGGAGGACGGUUCACGAACCCGAGCGCGUAGUCGAUCGCAAAGUAGGGAGAAUCACACCGCAACCUUCAUGGAUAGCUUUACCGCAGGGGCUUUGUCGGGCGCUUUCGCUUCCAUCAUGACGAUGCCAUUUGAUGUUGGCAAGACUCGCACACAAAUAUUCCGAGACCCUGCCAAGAUCCCUUAUGCAAAUGCAGAGAAGACGACAGCACCAGAGCAGCGGUCACUGGUACAAUUACUCUGGCACAUUGUCCGCACCGAGGGUGUGGCUGGGCUUUGGAAAGGUUGGGUGCCUCGAACCCUGAGGGUGGCCCCAUCGUGCGCCAUCAUGAUUAGCAGCUACGAGAUAGGAAAAAGAACCUUCAGGAGCAUGAACGAGAGGGCGGCAAGGAAACAGCACGAAAGCUGA